AUGAAUCGGGCCAGUCUUUUCCGUUUUACGUUCGAGGGUGCAUCACCCUGUUCGGCCACACCACUUAUCGCAAGCGAAGACGGACACAUUGCAAUUGUGUUCCGUGACUGUAUUUAUCUAGUUAACUGGGAUAAUGAAACUCCCAUCCUAAUAGCCAAAAUAAAGUCCCAAGCCUAUGCUGAACCCAUCCGCUUACGGCAGCAACAUAAAAAUUUUGAUGGUAAUCCACAAAGUAUACCAAUAUAUCGAGCUCUGGAUCACACGAAGCAUGUAAUUUAUGCAUCUUUUACACCACAAACUAUCACUAAAUUAUCUGGUGAUGGAAACAAUAUAAUCGGAACCUGUUACUUGGUAACUUGUUUGGAUAGUGGAAUUGUUCACUACUGGCUACCAUCUCAUAAACCACUCAAGCCUGUGCUAUCAAUGUCACUUAACGAUAUAUUUUUGCAACAAAAUUUGUCUCUUUCACUCCGUUACUACCUAGAAGUAUCCAAUAACUAUCUUAAUGGGUUCCUGCAAGUUGUGAGCUCAAAUGACAAUUUAUUAUUUUUCUGGAUUACUUGCACGACACAAAUGGCCAGUGUUGAUUUUUUUAUGGAUAAAACAACCGAAAUUAUCCAGCGUAAUGAAGAGUCGGUGAAGUCAAUUGAAACAGGCAGGUCCAGACGGCUUGCCGCAGCCAAGGCCAUGCAAUUUUACACAUCAUUGACAAUCACAGAAGAGGGAGAUUCCGACAAUUACGUAAAAUCUGCGGAAUCCAGUGAUUCUGAGAUUGGAUUGACCCUUAGUGGAAGCGAUGACAUCUCUAUGCUGCCCAACCAGCAUUACAAAUAUAUUGGUAAAUACGCCCAUUGUAAUACCCAUCUCAAUAAGGAUAACCCCAUGAACAUACUGACCAAAUUUGACUACAGAAAACCAUUGGUUCAGGAAUUUAAGGCGUCAAAUGAUUCUCUGCAGUACUGUGUACUGUGUGUACAUUGUUUGUCAGAUGGUAAGGAUGUUACUGCAAUUAAACUUGGAAGCAUUGUUUAUGGAGACGAAAAUUUCUACAACAACGACGAAAAUGGCAAAAAUGAGCUAGCCACUUGUAACAUUGUGUUAGCAAAUGUUACAGGUGCCGUUCAAUUGCUAAAAUUUACAUUCAGUAAUAAUUUCCAACAGGUCACUCGUAUGUACGUUUAUGAACAACAAGUACUGCUUGUUUCUCCAGCAACGUUAGUUAUGAAGGAUUUUCAUCAAAUUUCAGGUCAAAAGUGCGCAAUAGUUGCGUUCUCCAGCUCUAAUGAAUUGUUUAUUACGUAUGGACAAGCUAUUGCCGGAUUGUCUGUAGAAUUCCAAAUCAUCUUUCUGAAGAUAUUUUCUGUGAUGAAUCUUGGUUGUAAAAUUACAUGUAAAUUAAUUGCUGUUGGUAACAAUGGUCAACUGGUACAGUAUAAAGUGGCAAUUAGCGGCGGUAGCAGCAUUAGCAUUGUAAAGGAUAAUCCUACAAAUACAUCAAUCAAUACUGCCAUAGAAAUCACUUACUUAGCAAAAGAUAAUCCCUUCAAAGUGAUAGGUGCAGUUUCUAUUCCUGGAAGUUAUUACAUAACGGAACUCCAUCACGUUUCCAACCUAUUUGAACUGACCCUAGGAAUUUCUAAUGACUUGGAUAAUUUGAACGCUGAGCUGAUGGAAAUCGUUUCCAAUUACUACUUGGGUGUCUAUAAGCCUCCUUCUCUGAUAUUAACCAGCAGAUUUGUUAAGAGGUUUCAUCCUCUAGUCAGUAUGUCCCUUGCAGAUGAUGUAUCUACCAAUGGCAAUAGCCUAAUUGAGAUAUUUAACUACUUGGCCAAGCUACUAUCUACAACCAGUGAAGUGGAUUACUACAAAGGGAUUGUUAUGGCAAAGAUUUCAACUAUACGCAACGGUGAUUAUCUAGACAAACUAUGUUUGGUGCAAUUGCUAAGCAACAUUGUAUACUCUGUGGUAACUGAUAUUGAUAUUAGAGACAUUUUGUUAACAAAAAUUGACAUACAUAGGAGAUGUGCGAUAAUUCAAAUGAUUGAAGAUGGAUCUUUAAGUGGUGAAAAUGUUAGGGGCAUUGUUGGCAAUAGCUUUCCCAUCAAUAUUAUUUUGGAAAAUUUGAAAACGUUGUGUUCCGAUGGAUUGCUGAUUGCCUUUUGUUUUUGCGGAGAAGUUGCAGAGUGUGUCCCGCCUUUUUACGAUUAUAUUUGUAAAAAAUCGCACAAAUUUCCUUGCUGCAGUAUAACUCGGUGCGGACUGGUAGGUUCUACCUUUGGGGUGAUUAUACCAACGAAAAAUGACAACAAAACUCUUAGUAUUUGUGAGUGUUCAUACAAAAUAAUGUAUAAUGCGUUAGAUUAUUGCACAAUAUGUAGAAGAUUUGCCAUUGGGCUAUGUGUUGGGGUAAAGGGUUGUUUAAUUUGUGGAGGAAAAACUGUAGUGAAGAAGUUAAGCCUGUAA